CUCAUCAUUUUUCAUGACUCUCGUUUAGCAUAUAAAAGCAGUGGCAAACACAGAGGUCUAAAUAAAGGUGCACGACUACAGGUGAAGGACAUCACAGCUCGAGGCAGCUAUUUAAAAAAGUAAGAUCAGAGUUUUACGCAACAGAGAUUUAAAAUGCUUCUGAUAAUUCUGAUACAACUCCUGAUGAUCGCAUCAGCAAAUAGUCAGCGAGCCAAAGCUGCAGCCACAACAGGAGCCACAACAGGAGCCACAGCAGGAGCCACAACAGGACCCACAGCAGCCACAACAGGAGCCACAGCAGCCACAACAGGAGCCACAGCAGGAGCCACAGCAGGAGCCACAACAGGAGCCACAGCAGCCACAACAGGAGCCACAACAGGAGCCACAGCAGCCACAACAGGAGCCACAACAGCCACAACUGCAGCCGGAGCAGCCACGACCGUAGCAGCCACGGCUGCCACAGCUGCAACAUCUGCUGCUGCCACGACGGCAGCGGUGGUAACAACAAACUCGACGGGCACAAACACCACCAACACUGCUCCUGCUGCACAUGCUGGGAUCAUGUCCAUGGGCAGUCUGGUUGUGUGCCACUGCAGUAUUGUUCUCUACAAGCUCCUCAUCACAGUGUGACCCGGUGGUGAUGCCUUUAUCUAUUUUUAAAGAACACGGUCACUGUUACACACUCAGAAUGUAAUUUAUGUUAAAAUAUAUAAUCUAAUAAUCCUGUUGUGAAGCACUUAUAUUGAUAGGUUUUGGAAAUCUAAAUGAUCCACUGUGUCAAAAUGUCAAAAUAAAAGUUUGGUUGAACUCAGCA